AUGGAGAAGCACGCAAAUCUAUUGCACAUGCAGGAUCCGCGCGACGACAACGCGGGGCACUUUGCGUACAUCAAAGAUCUGUCCCGUCUUGUGAGCUUGCAACUGAAUAAAUACGGACAUAAGAAAUACUUUUGCGACCGAUGUCUACAUUACUUCAGUUCGUCUGAAAGAUUGCAGUCACAUACAACGGAUUGCGAAAAGAUGAACGAUUGCGCCAUCCGACUGUCGAGCGAGGACGACAAGUGGCUCGAAUUCAAGAACUACACGAAUAAGGAACGACUUCCAUUCAUCGUUUACUUGGAGUGCGUAUUAUGGCGAACGGAACCGGCAGAGAGGGAAGACGCAUCGUACACCUACCAGCAGUACGAA